AUGGCAUUUGUGAAGAGUGGAUGGUUGCUUCGACAGAGUACCAUUUUGAAGCGCUGGAAGAAGAACUGGUUUGACCUGUGGUCCGAUGGUCACCUGAUCUACUAUGAUGACCAGACCCGGCAGAGUAUAGAGGAUAAGGUCCACAUGCCGGUGGACUGCAUCAAUAUCCGCAUGGGGCAUGAGUGUCGGGACAUCCAGCCUCCAGAUGGGAAGCCCAAAGACUGUCUGCUGCAGAUCGUCUGCCGAGACGGGAGAACCAUCAGUCUCUGUGCGGAGAGCACAGACGAUUGCCUGGCAUGGAAGUUUACACUGCAGGAUUCCAGAACUAACACAGCUUACGUUGGCUCAGCAAUCCUGUCUGAAGAGACUGCAGUGGCUGCCUCGCCACCUCCCUACGCUGCCUACGCUACACCGACCCCUGAGGUCUAUGGCUACGGUCCCUACAGUGGCGCAUACCCAGCAGGAACUCAAGUCGUCUAUGCUGCCAAUGGGCAAGCGUAUGCUGUGCCCUACCAGUACCCAUACGCAGGAGUUUAUGGACAACAGCCUGCCAAUCAGGUCAUCAUCCGUGAGCGGUACCGAGACAAUGACAGUGACCUGGCCCUGGGCAUGCUUGCUGGGGCAGCCACAGGCAUGGCCCUGGGGUCUCUGUUCUGGGUCUUCUAGAGCCUUCAAGGUGUUCCGUGCAUCGCUUCUGUUAGUCCUGUGUGCAAUAAUUGAUUUGCAGGGCAUUUCUGUUUGUGACAAGUGUCUUUCGUAAUAAUUUAAAUAGUUCCUUUGAAGAUGGUAAUCUGAUGAUUGUGACUGGCCUGCAUGGUACCACACAGAAGGCCUUGAAGUAUGCUGUGAGUGAGAACCUGAGUUCUUCGGGGUACUGGCUUGCACCAAGUCUUUCUUAGGGAGCUCUUGGAUGACCUUAUGUAAACACACCCAUUUAAAAGGACAUUUUCUGUUCAGUUAGAUGCAGUACUUAAUUAAAGG